CUUGAAAGAGACUCAAAGCUUCCCCGACAUGACCAUUCUCUCCAUACGCUACUAGUAUGGUCGUCCACGCCACGGCAUCCUUGUGAGCAAUCCCAUCAAACAGCCUUCCCGCGAGAACCACAUGCCCGUUGUGGGCAUACGCUGCUACCAUGGUCGUCAAAGAAACAACGCUUUUCACUGGCAUCUGACCGAAUCGGAGCCUUGCAGUGUGAUAAUAUCCAGCGGUUCAAUACGCGGUGAUCAUCGAUGCCCAUGAUGCCAAUCCCAAAACGGCAUUCUAUCAAAGAGCCACUGUGAUCGAUCGAUAUGCCAAAUCUGGGCAUUUUCUUAGACCAAAACGUUCCAGGAUACUUGAUCCUUCUCUAGAACAGCGAUGGCGUGCAAUAGUUCUUCCUCGCUUUCAGGAACUAUAGAGCGUCUUAUUAUGAUGUUUCUCCUCAAGGUCGCUGUCUUGCAAAUACGCCUGACCGAUCGCGUUGAGCGAUUUCACGCUCCAGCUAGCAAAGAACCCUCAGAUACCCCUCCUUGGCAUACAUUGCAACCAAUGAUGAUCCCACGCUCUGAGACGCGCUUGGCAUGGCCACCGGUAGAUCACCGGUUCCGGGACAAGAGCGCUGGAGAGCUCGCAUUGUAUGGCGGGAUUGCCGUUGUCGGGUUUGCGAUUGGAGGUAGUGUGCCGAGCUCGCUGGAAAUCUUGCUGCUGGUUCCCGAGGCGCUCCAGGCAAUAGGCAGUGGGCGUGGGCUACCUGAUCCUCAUCGCUGUUUUUUCUUUUUUCCAGCGAUGGUGGAGGGAGCACACUCGUGCGAAGCCAAAAAUCGUGCAUCGAAUGGUUGAGUGGAGCUAUACCAAAUGAUAAACUUGAGACGAGAGUCCC